UUUAUUAGUGAAAAAAAACUAAUAAUCCGUCUUUCCUGGUUCUCUCCUUUUUAUUAUCUUUAUUACUUAAAAUCCUUCCUGCCUAUAAGGCUAUAACCACCGGACGUUCUCUUUCCUUCCUCUCUCUCCUUUCCUUUCUUCCUGCGUUUCGGAUUUUUCAGAGAAUCUCUAUUCGAUCCCGGCGAGCUCGACGUCGAAGGGAGGCGCCGAAAGAUUCGCAGGGAGGAAAAGGAGUGUCCUGUUAUCCAGUGCUCAUUGAUUUAUUCUGUCCUUCCCUUUUUGCCGGUCAAAGCCCGUCGCUGUCCCGAAUUCUUACUCCCCUCCGGCGGUCCUUUUUUGUCUUUCCGGUUGAGAGGGGGGGAUUAUUGUCCUGUAUUCGAAUUCAAUUCAAAUGGCAACGAGUUUUGACCGAUGGGAGAAGGAUCCGUUCUUCCCUGCCGCGGAGGAAGUUCAGGAGUCCGCCGACAGGAUGGAGUCCACUUACAGAACAUGGGUUCACGCCAAGAAAGACAGCUCUACUAUGUGGGACGCAGAAGAACUCCGCCGGGAUUUACAUACAACCCUAGGCACCACCAAAUGGCAGCUGGAGGAGUUUGCUAAGGCUGUGAAAUCCAGUUACAUAAAUAGCUCCACCGAUGGUGCUAGUGAAAGGCACCGUCAAUUCAUUAUUGCGAUCGAGCAUCAUAUUUCUAGAGUAGAGGCUUCGCUAAAGGAAUUUGCCAAUUCAUCAGGGGAUGCAUCAUUGCCUUGGGUGACAUUGGAUGAAGGUGAGCGAAAUGAACUUGCUGCAUUUCUCUCAGGGCCAUCAUCAAUGUCCGGAGAAAAUAGUUCUAUGAGAAGUGAUAGGAGUGAUAAGACCGUGGAAGAAGCAGCGCCUGAUGAUUGUUCGAAAGAGGUUAGUCACUCGGUGGAGUGUGAUUACCCAGACGCCAAAGAAGAGAUGUCUUAUGGGCACAGGAGGUCAGUUAGUGCAGGUGCUGAUAUGAGCGCUUGGACAAUUCCGAUUGCUGUAGAUGGAAUCCAACAGGAUUCUUUUAAGGCAGAGUCUCAGCAACCUCCAAGGAAGAUACCUAGUCUAUCUGUGAUUGUCAGUUCCAUCGAAGCUAUGCCCAAACUGAAAUGGCCAAAGAAUGGUGUUAGGAAGUGGAAGGCAAUGGAUCGUUACGAAGAAUCUGAUUCUAUUCCAUUGCAUUCAUCACAUUUAACUAGGGGUAUUAAUUCAUGCUACGAGAAAAGCAAGAGCUGUCUGGAGGGCUGUGAUGAAUAUUAUGAUAAGCCACUUUAUGGCUGGUAUGGUGCAUUACAGAGGCAACUUCAAAGAUCCCAAUAUCAGAUGCAGUAUGGUCGACCCAUUCAAUCAGUUUUGUGGAUUUUCAUUCUCUUCUGCUUUAUUGGUUUGAUUGCAUUAUGUGCGCUAUAAGACAGCUAUAAAAAUAAAACCCUUAGCGACAGAUGGGUGAAAACACUGGGAAUCAUGGGGAUGGAACAGAAGGGGGGAAUUCUGAUGUGAAGACGAAGGAGUCGAGGGCGUCGGACUAAGAGAGAGAAUCAGUUGAUUUUUUGGCUGACCAAAACCAGAUGGGUCUUAAUAUAAUGACCAAGAGUGUUAGGCUGUUAGCCGUCUGUGUGGUUGGCUACAGCUGCUAUGCAAAUCACCCCGACGAAUCCAAUAUGAUAAAAUUGAUAUGAUAAAAUUGGAGGGAUUCGGGGAUUAAUAUAAACUCAAGAAUUAGCUGGC